CCGAUUUCUUUUCUUUCUUUUAUUUUAGCCCAUAAUCAUAACUAUACCCUUCUUUGAUUCCCACACACGCCACCCCCCCCUUUUGGCUUCACGCUCUCAUCAUCUAAAUCCUUUUGUCUCUUACGCUCGCCACGCUUCACUUCUUCAUCAUUGAGCAUAUGCUGUUCGAUGAAAUGAUUGAUCGUCUAACUUGCUAAGUAGAGAGUGAGAGGAGGCACCGCCGCAACCGCAUUCCAUGGCUCUCGAGAUCGUAGCGCCGCCGCCAUUCUACCUUUCGGUCUCCACCUGCGACCUCCACCCCGACCAGACCGUCACGGGCUUCUGCGCUUCCUGCCUUCGUGAGCGCCUCGCCAGCCUCGACGUUACCCCUGGCUGCCUCUCCACGUCUUCCGUCUCCGCCUUCAGGUCCGUCUUCCCCAGGGCCUCCGCCUCCAAUCCCCCCUCCUUCCUCCGCCCCGAACUCCGCCGCUGCAAAUCGUUUUCCUCCGCCCGUUGCGCCUCCGGCUUCGAGACCGAGCGGAAGUCCUGCGACGCCCGCGGCCGCUACACCCUCUGGUCCCUCUUCUGCGAGGACGAAUUGGAUCGCGGCCAUCAGCCCUUGGCUCCCUCGGCAUCUGCAUCGGUGGAGGGCGGAGGGACCGAGGCCCAGUUCCGGAACCUCUGGUUCGCCCCUUCUUCUUCUGGUGCGGCCCCUCCGCUCAAAACCUUCGGUGAGGAGGACGACGCGGAUGAGAUCAGGGCGGCGGAUCCCAUGAUCCAUGUGGGAUCGUCAUUGGAGAUGGACCGGGGGGAGCGGCUUGAGGAGACAGAGGUGAAGCCGAUGAAGGACCACAUAGACCACGAGUUUCAAGCGAAGAAGCCUCCUCACAAAGACCCCAAGAAUAUCGCCGACAGCUUCUGGCUCGCCGCCUCCGGAUUGAGCAAGAAGCUUCAGAAGUGGCGGAGGAAGCACAAGGACAAGAAGCAAGGCGGCAUAACUGCCGCGGUAGCUACGCCGGCUGAGAAGCCGCCCAAAUCCUCCCAUCGGCUACGCGACACGCAAUCGGAGGCGGCCGUGGACGCGUUUAGCCGGAGAUCCUGUGACACCGACCCGAGGUUCUCCCUAGACACUGGUCGGAUGUCCUUAGACGACCCGAGAUUCUCGUUGGACGAGUCGAGGGCCUCGUGGGACGGCUACUUGACCGGAGGCCGAUCAGGGUUCGCUCGGCUGCCUCCCAUGUUUGCCGUCGUUGAAGACGCCACCGCCGCUGCGAUCCUCCGACCGGAUAGCCUGAUCCCCGUGGAGGAGGAUUCUGUCGCCCCUGGCGGGUCUGCACAAACUCGGGACUACUAUUUGGACUCCUCAUCCAGCCGUCGCCGGCGAAGCCUUGACCGGUCCAAUUCCAACUCCAACCGAGAGCAGCCUUUUGAGGUGAAGCCUGUUUCCAUUGCGAGAGUCUCCCCUGCUGGUAGCGCCGAGUUUUACCAUUUCCACCAUGCCAAUGUACUUGAAGACCGGGAAUUAAGAGAUUUGAGCUCAAAGUCUCUCAGGAAUGAGUGUUUUGGGAGAUUAGAUGCACCUUCUGGAGACCUUCAUGAGGGUUCUGCCACAAAGAAGCCCAGGAAAUGGAGCAAAGCAUGGAACAUUUGGGGGCUUAUACAGCGAAGAAGAAGCAGCACCAGAGGUAGGGCAGACAUGGCGGAGAGAUCCUUAUCUGAGUCCUGGCCGACACUAAGGUCUCAUCCGGGUUAUAAUGGCAGAAUUUUACAGAGCAACAGCAGUGUAGGCUUCAGGAGAUCUUUUAGUGGUAGUUUUGGCUAUGGGGGGGUGAGUCGGAGCAGUCUGGAGAGUAACAGGCACAGGAGGGAGGAGCUUGUGCUGGAGAGGAAUCGAAGUGCUAGGUACUCUCCGAACUGUGUUGACAAUGGUAUGCUGCGGUUUUACUUGACACCAGUGCGGAACAGCCGGAAGCAUGGAGGGUCAGGGAAGGGUAGGGUUAUUAAUUCACACUAUUUUAUAAGGAACAUGCUAGGAUUGUAUUGAGCUAGUAAUUUUCUCCACAAGGUGAGAUCACAAAACUUCAGUCCAGUUAUGCUUAGGUCUUCAGGUUGUGUUAUCUACCAUGACUAAACACAAAGAUUAUAUGAGAAACCUACAUAUAUCAUGGUUGUCUGCAUCUUCUAUUCAGCAAUUUGUGUUCCAGUCAUGGUUACUCAUCCAAAUGUUGGACUGGAUAUAUAAAGUCAGAAUGUGAAAUGGUUUGGAUGCCUGAUACUGCUGAUUUUAGUAGAAUGGAUUACCUUUGAAGAUUCUCGAGGUCUCAGAAUAAUGGAGCAUCAAUCCUCUAUGUUGGCAUUUAUGUCACAGGACAUAUCUUUACCAGUACAUCCGAAGCAAAUAACCUUCUGUUGUCAGAUGUCAGAAAUCUGCCUAAUUUUUCAUCUUAAAGAUGAUGUCAUCUAGAAGAGAAUCUGUUGUUGGCAUUGAGAGGAACAAUCUUGUUCUUCCAUUGUUUGCUUGCCAUCUCUGCAAAAUUGUAAAGACUUCCAUCCGAAUUGUCUGAUCUAGCUUGUGCUUAAGAAAUGCAUGUCAUCUUGGCAACCGAUAUUGACAAGAAACUGCUUUGGAACAUGCUAAAAGGCAAUGGUCAAAGAUCAACCAUGAUUCACGGUAAUGCACUCAUUGUCUAUCGUGUGUACUUGAAUAUUCAGAUUGGACGCAGGAGUUGAGGAUUUUCUCCUUGCAUCCGGCUGAAAAUGUUUCCAUUUUAAUUUGUACUGGGGUUGAGUCCCAUCAAGAAAAACCAGAUCUGAGAGGUUGGAGUUAAAGAUGCAAUCUGAGAUGUCACUGCUUACUUUCUUUGUCUAAAUCUGUUAUGAAAUGUUGCACCAAAACAUGAAAGCUGUUGGGCUUUGUUCUGGAUGUAAAAUCUAAUUGUUGUGUCAACUACAUGGUGUUAGAUAGGAAUUGGACUUGUAUGUGUUGUGGAAAGUAAUCUUGUUUUCUUGGGUUGAAUAAACAGGACAUGAUCAAUAAACUUUGCUCUUAAUUCA